UCAUUACUGCCAUCGUUGACGCAGUGACACGCACUCACAGCACGCAGAGAAUAACAGAGAACGCGAAAAAACACAGCUGUGUGAUAUGCCAGCUGUAUGCACAUUGCACGUCAAAGAUACAAUACAUAUUGCAUUAUGUUGGAAAAAUCAGUAUCGUCCAGUACGGACAAUCAGUUAUCCAAAGAAGAUUAUUUAAUAAUGAGAGCUAAGCAGGCACUACCGAGCGAUAUUUAUGCCGCUAAAUCUUGGCUAAUUACCGCAAAAUCAUUAUUUCCGCAUAGCGCGAAAGUUCAGUUUGAGGCAUAUCGUAUCGAGAAAUUGUCAAAAAAUGUGAAAGAGGCAGCGAAAUGCUUCAGCGAGAUAUUCCAAAAUUUUCCGGACGAUCGCGAUAUAUGGAAAGAGAUAGAAACGAUAACGACGUGUCUUCGCUUAGAACAGUGCGACAGCGAGGCUGAAUUUUUGUGCCAGAUGUUUCAACAUAUCCCGCAGGAUCUACAACAUAGGCUGCUCGUAAUGACAGCGGAUCAUAGCGAAGACACGAUGGAACAUUGCAAAUUAUUGCUAUUACUACUGCGCAAGUUUCCUCAAACCAUAGCGACUCAUGGACCACGUUUGGUGGAAACUCUGUUAACUGCGGAGAAACACAGUCAUCCAGGCCGAGCUGUGAAUGGUUUCAGAAGAUUAUUGGCAUGCGACGCAUUGCCACUGCUUGGUGGUGCUGUAGUAGAAUUGAAUGCUCGUCUCAGUUUACGAUUGUUAUGUAAGGCUGUAGAAUUUUAUUUAGCGUACAUACAGCAACCACAAGACACGCAAAUUCAAAAUCCAUGGGACAGACUUUUCCAAAUCGUGGAGCUAAUAGGCAAGAAAUUAGGAUGGGAAUUGAGCAGUUUAUUUGCUAUGCCUUGGAAUCGCGAAACAUACAGCGAUAGACUGCAACAGUAUGCGAUUGCACAUAGCACUGGUCUGUGCGACGAGCCUAUUGUCAGGCAAUUAUUGAUGUGUACAAUUGUAGUAUUAUUAAGAAUACUGAACGAGCAUAACGGUCUUAUUUCUAAUGAAGAGACAACGUAUUGUCUUGUAGAAGCGUUUGGGGAAGGAGUAUAUUCCUCGGCAGAAUCCAAAUUGAAAAAGCGAAAGCGAGAUGAUAAUGCUGGCGUAAUAAUAACCAGUGACAGCGAUUACAAUGGCAGUGGCCUAGCAGUGGCAGUAAAAUUAUGGGACUUGUUACACAGUAGUGACUAUCUUCAAAGAGAGAUAACCAAAUUGAAUCAACAAUUACGGCUAGAUAAUUGGCUGAAUCUUUUCUUAACGGAUUUAGCAGUGUAUAAAGGUUUACAUCAUGAAGUAUUGGCCAGAUUAACAGAAGGGGGUAAUUUAGCCUCUAAUCUUCGUUCAGCCAGUACAUGUUUCUUCUUGAAAGAUUAUAAGAGUAUGUUGGAUUAUAUUAUUCUGGUUGUAAACUCGUUACCCACUGCAUCAGGCAAAGUAUCUCACAAUCUGACAGUUCCAAGCAUGAGACAUUUACAUUAUUUGACUCUCGCCCGUUUCCCUAUUCUACAAUAUUGUUGCAGAUUGCUUCUUUUAGCUAUAAAGGAAAAUUUUUCUUUGCCCGGAAAUAUUGGAGACUUGGCUAUUGGACAUGCAUUGGUCCUUAUGCAGAUAGAUUGGCCACAAGAAGCUAGUACUUUAACUACAGUGACAGAACGAAUUCUCAAUCGUGGAAAUUUUUCUUAUCCAUUGUUCCAAGGGUAUAUAAUAUGUGUAGAUAUUUUGGAAGAAUUAACGUAUUUAUGGACUGAACAUGGCGGAGGGGUAUCGCUGGACAUAACAUCAGGAACAGGGAUUAUUCAAAAUCGCCGCAUUACAACCCGCGGUGCAGAUAAAGGAGUACGCGAGGAAUUAAAACAAGCCAUGCGUCGACAAGCCGCACGGGAUGGUAUCGACCCUUUAGAUGAAUUGUUACAAAAAUUUAUCAUUAACGAGCAAGGCGCCAUUCUACAUAGCUUAAUCAUCCAAUAAAUUUUGAGUCUUACUAUACACAACAAUAUUUUUACAUCAAACUUUUUGAAACAGUUUCCAACGCCCGUAACAUAGUUUGUUCCUGAGAUUUGAUUUAACUCAAUAUAAUCACGUGAUACUUUAUAAAUUAUUUAUACAGAUUUUAUAAAGUAUAAUAUACAAGUUUGUACAAUU